AUGCCCCAUGUGGACCUCAUGCAAGUCGUCGCUGCUCUCCAGCAUACUGUUGCAGCUAUGCAAACCGACCUCUCGUCUGCACUGGAACGUGUGGACCGAUUCGAAGCCGUUGUGGAGGAAAACUCCCAACUACGAGCCAAAAUCGCUGCUCUUGAAGCACGUCUGACGGAGUCAGAAAAACAUUCCGCCGCCCCCACCAAAUCCACUUCCGUUGCUGGCAAUAUGCCCACCGCCACCGUCUCCCGCGCCACUGACCCUGCUCCCGUGGGAGCUCUAGCUUCUUCCUGGGCCCAAGUUGUCCGCAAACAUCAUCCAGCCCCACUGGCUAUUCCCACCCGCCGUCAAACGGCCAUUGCCCGUUCCUUCCAGCCUGCCGAAGGCCCCAAAGGUUUCGAAUACCUUUAUUUAACACGCUCCCGCCGCAUGGAUCGGCCUGAAAUCCGCCGCAGUCUGCGCCGUUUAGGCUUGGACUCUGCCCGUAUCCUUGAUAUUUCUUUCCCUGCCCGUUCCGCCAUUGGCUUGCUUAUGCAUGUCCAAUAUAUCCCGGUGGCCAAAGAAAUUUUGGCCAAAUCGAAAGUGGUGCCUCUCGAUUCCUUUGACCCUCAGGAUCCUACCCACUUGGGUGAUCCUAAAUACUCAGACCUUCCUGCUGCCCACAAAACCAGCAUGGCUCUCGACUUGCACCGUAACCGCUGCAUGCGUACGCUUCGUUUCCUUCGUCCCGCUGUUGCCAUCCCGGUCGCCCGCACCUUUUUCAACGCUGGUUGGAUUAGUGAGGACGAUGCCAUGACUAUGACCAGUCGUUGCCUCCACGCCAUGAAGUAUAAGGAUCGCGAUGCCUUUUCACCUUCGGAAUCCGAGACCGCCGAUGCUGACGAUGAUGCCUCUGCUAUGGACGUUUCUGAUCAUGAAGCACAUGAUGAGGAUGCUUCCAUUCACUCCACUGCCACUCCCACCACUGCUACCGCCACCACCUCGUAUCAAUAA